AUGUCCACUGCUGCGACCGCGAACAGCUCCUCCAAUGCUCUGAACCCGGCCGCCUCCAACCCUGGCCGACAACUGAAGAUGAGCACGACUGGCAAGGGCCUUGACGCACAGCGCAAGCCUGGUAGCCCUGUCGACGGUGGUCAGAGAAAGCCUCCCGCCCAAAAGGCAUGGACCCAGGGAACCAAUCCAAUCACCCAGCGACCGUCGAACUCUCCCGCCUCCAACGGUGUCGGUAACGUCCCUAAACCUGCGCAGACGGUGACCAACUCGUCCGGCGAGACUGCAACUCCAAUGCGGCAUCUGAGUGAUCGGAUGAUGUACCUGCUGGCCAACUUGACUGGUCUGCCGGGCAUCAUUACAUUGAAGAAUGGCGAGAAAUAUUCCGGCGUGCUUUCAGGUACCUCGCUGGACCCGAGCGAGCUGCGCUAUGUCUUCAAGAUGGUGAAAAAGCUCUUACCAGCUGCCAAUGCUCAGACGAAUGGCUCUGGCGAAAUAUCUGACGAUUAUGUUGGCGUUGGAGACUACCAUGUCAUGUCAUUCGACAUGAGCGAUGUCGCUGACUUCAAUGUGAACAAUGUGGUCCUUGACAGGUCGCAGGCAAAGGGUUCGAACGGAACCGCGGGUUUCCGCACUGACACUGACAUCUCCGGACACAUGGCGAUACGCGAGCGCAAUCUGCAAAAGUGGGAACCCACAGAGAUCGACCCCAACAUGACCCUGGAAUCCUCUGGUCGCUCGACAGAAUGGGAUCAAUUCGCAACAAAUGAACGCAUGUUCGGAGUCAAGAGCAACUACGAUGAGAACUUCUACACCACUACCAUUGACCGAAGCGACCCCCAGUAUACACAGAAGGCUGCCCGUGCCGAGAAGCUCGCGCGAGAGAUCGAGGCCAGCAGCGCUAUGAACUCCCACGUUCGCGAAGAGCGUGGAGGUCAGAUGGCCGCUGACGACGGCGGAGACGAGGAGGAUAAGUACAGUGGUGUUCGUCGAGACUUCCCUCAACUUUCAACUGGCCAGCCCAACAAGUACACACCUCCCGCGAGACGUGCUCCAGCACCGCAAGCCACUGUCCCAGGUGCUCCAAUUGAUCCUGCAAUCAUUUCCUCAUCGGUUGCACGCCCCGACUCUGUGCCCAAGCCGGUGCAAAGGACCGCAAGCCCUGCGGCACAGAAAGCAGCUGCCCCUGAACCUACAAAGACUGAGGCGCCUCAAAGUACCACCACAUCAUCUGUUUCUGAGGCUUCCAAAGCCAUCCCAGCAAAAGACGAUAUCAAAACACCAGCAGUGUCGAAGCCUAGCGCAGACCAGCCACAAAAGCCUAGCAGCGCAAUCAAGCCAAGUGUAGCAGCGAUCCCUCUACGGAAGACUGGUCGGCCGCAUGAUGCAACUACAAACGUAGAAAAUGACCUUCUUGACUCGUUCAAGCAGUUUUCCGCUAAUGAGAAGAUGCGUAUUGCGGAGCGGUCACGGGUCGUUGCGAGGGAGAACAAGGCCGUGAAGCUCAAUGAUCUGAAGAAGUUUGCACUCAACUUCAAGCUGAGUACCCCUGUGCCUUCGGAUCUGGUCCCUAUUCUUGCCAAGGACGAGAACAAGCAACAGGCCAUCGUGGAGAGAGCACUCAAGCAAGCGCAGGAAACGAAGACCACCCCGCCAAAGACUGCUAGCACAUUGGCCGACCCCAAGACCGCUGUGAAACCUGCUGCUCCCAAGCCAGACUCGACGCACGCUUCUCCAAGUGCCACCGUUGAUCGACAACAGAACCAACGGGCACGACCAGCACAGCCGCCAUAUGCGUCAGCUAGUAUGCGUGAGCGCCCGCAGCAGCAGCAAAAUUUCAAUCAGGCUCCCCCACGCGGUCAGGGUCUAUUGAGCACCCGUCUGCAAUUGAAUCAUCAGCAACACAAGCAGCAAGGUGGCGUGCCCUACAACAACGUCCCACAACCGAUACCACCCCAGGAUCUGCGCAUGCCCCCUACAGGGCCAUCUCAGACCUCUAGUGGUGUUCAGACACCUAACUCCAACGCCGCUAUCAGGUUCAAUGUCCGCGCUAGCGAAUUCAAGCCGAACCCAUCAGCAAACACCUUCCAGCCUGGCAACAAUCCAAGCACAAACUCCAGCCCUAGGCCGACCUCGGCAGCGAGGCAAGAGCCCCGCAAGCCUCCUGCCGUGACCAGCUUUUUUGGUGGUCAGCGUCCUCCGGUAAAGCAGCCAGCGACAAAGGAGAGCUUCAAUGCCAUCGCGCGGAUUCAAAAAGAGGUACAGGAGAAGGACAAGGAUAAGCCCCAUGGCAGUGACCUUCCUCCACCGUACCGUACUCCUCCUACCUGGGACUUUCCUUCUGCCAACACUGAGAAGAGUCAUGUGCAGAUGUUAUACCACAAGGCCAAACGGCGCAGCAAACUCCCCGCGGUCCUCCAGUCCAACCUCACCAUGGUCAAGGGCCUUCAACACUAUGAAGCACAGCAGAUGCACUUCUCUCACUCCACAUCAUCUGUACACCCCUCACCUCGACCAAUGCAUCCUUACAUGUAUGGCGCCCAGCCACAGCCAAUGUCCGGAUACCCGCAGCAAGUGCAAAUGCCGCAAUAUGGCAUGAGUCCAAACGUGCAACACGUUGGUCUGCGUAACGGGCAACCCGGGCCAGUUCAUCGCUCCUCCGGGAGGACCACAAAUGGGUGGUCAUAUGAUGACGCAUCAACCAUCCAACGGUCCUCCUAUGGGUAUGCCAGGCUACCCUCAAAUGCAGAUGUAUUCGCCAGCGCCCAGCCAAGCGUACCCACAAUACCCAGGACACAUGCCUGGUGCACCUGGCGCAAACGGUUAUCCGAACAGUCCACGACCUGGAGCGCCUAUGAUGAGUCACUCCAACUCGCAACAAGGACACCAACAGCCGCCCAUGAUGUAUGUGCCGGCGGGCGCGCAGGGACCCCAGAUGUUCCAAAUGCCGCCUGGUUCGAUGACUCCCAUGCGUGCACCUUAUGCGCAGCCGCACCAGCCACAUUACGGCUCACCGCACCAGCACCAUCAGUUCCCUCACCAGCACCGUGGCACUCCGAGCGGUAGUUACGCGCAGCCUAUGAUCCAACAGCACUCGAUGCCACCUCAAGGCCCUCCCACCGGGCCUGCCAACCAUGGGCCCGAGACUAGCGAUGAGCCGAAAUGA